AACACAACACCAUGCGAUGAGAGCACCUGACAUCGUAGCUCUCCCUCACGGUCCGCAACCAUGCCUUCCCUCCUUCUGGUAGUCUUCAUUCUGCAGUUAUUGCUCCACAUCAUUAACACGGUGGGCGCAAACACGGUCAACGAGCUGCUAUGGGUCCUCUACAAUAAGCUGCCAACCCCGACAUCCGGAUCCGCGCAGAGAUGCCAGGUUCUGAAGCAGGACAUUGUCCGGUUGAAGCGCGAACUUGGGAACACGUCGCCACAGGAUAAUUUCUCCAAAUGGGCAAAGCUGGACAGACAACAUAACAAGGCUAUGGCGGAAUAUCAGAAGCUGGAUGGCUCCCUCCGCUCUCACCAGGCCACGUUUACAUCUGCCGUCUCGACAGUUCGCUGGCUCGGCACUCAAGGUCUUCGCUUCGUCCUCCAGUUCUGGUUCUCCAGGUCGCCCAUGUUUUGGAUGCCUGCAGGCUGGGUCCCAUACUACGUCGAGUGGAUAUUGAGCUUCCCGCGCGCGCCGUUGGGGAGUGUGAGCAUCAACGUGUGGGGUAUUGCAUGCGCGAGUAUCAUUUCGCUGGCAGCAGAGGCAACAGCAGCUAUAUGGGUACUUGUCACGCACAAGCCGACACCCAUGGCUGCUGAGAAACAGCGCGAGAAGCAAGAGGCUAUGGCCUUUAGUGCCAACCAAAAGCCCGCGGAGAAGGAGUUGUAAUAGCGUAGCGCGCAGAGCUUCCAUGCAAUGAUACCACAUAAAUAAAGUAUUGAACAUUGAGCUCCAUCUGCACAGCACAAGGCAGGGGGCUAAAUAAACUAUGUCUCCCAACAAAA